AUGUGCGCGCCUGCCACCUGGCAUGAACGCUAUGCCACCGACAUCUGUCCGCCGACGCAUGACGAGCUGAAGGACCGUGAUCGCGUGGGAAACACCUUGAUAACACUUGAGGGCCAGCCUGGCUUCGUCGACUGGCAGGGACCUCACCCUAGCUCGUUGAGUAUCCCAGAUCGGCGCAGGCACGAGCGCGGCUUGUUGCAACACUAUCUCGACACCCUGGCUAAGGCGGGAGGACCGCGGUUUGCUCUUGAGGACGUCUGGGAGCGACACGCUGCUGCUAUCAAAGCUCACGAGAGCUUGGAGUUGAUUGAGCCCCAGCCGGAGUAUAAGCGACAAGAACAGAAAUGA